AUGGAGACCGCUUACUAUACCACCAGCGUAGACGCAUUGACUCCAGAAGAACGGGAUCUAGAGUACAAGCACCGGCAUACAUUCAUAGGAACUGGCUCGCUAGACGACUUCCUAGAAACACUGGAAACUACACCAAACCAUACCGCUACUAAAGAUGCGAUUGCUCGGGCAUUCGUAAAACUGGCAGCAUCAGAGCAGCUCUACGCUCGACAAUGUUCUGCUGGCCAGGGGUGGGAUCUAGUUAUGCGAACAACACUGAGCCUCAUGGACGUUACUAGCGUCGAUUACAUUGUCCAGUCGCAAGUCAAGCUGGGCUCCAUUACACUACGGCAAUUCCUGGACUUGAUACCUUUCGAUGAAGUCGAUGAGGCCACUCAGCUCGCUCUUGCUCAAUCAUUCCAGGAACCUCACGGCUUCCUCCAUGCGCUAAGGCAAGUCUCCUUCCAGUCCGAACUUUCACUGAAGGUCCGUGCUCCGCCUUACUACCCCCACUCGAUACAGUCUCCAGCCGCUUGCACCGUACUCUCUACCCACACGCAAUACACCGGAGGCAAUCGAUCCGUUCGCCACAUAAUUGUUACAUACUCACGCGAAUCAUCGACAGCUACUACGAUGUCGAGCCGCCCUCUACCGUCGUCAAGCGUUCUGCUAGGAGAUGUCAAGGCCACUGCCUUACGCAAGUACAAGAAGAGCGCCUCAGUCUUUCUAGAGGACGCCGCUCUUGAUAUGAUGCUUACCGAACAUCUCGGUGACAUCCAGCGCUACGCCGGAUUCUACAACAUGGUCUACCUCUUCCUCGACCCCUCUCACUGCCAAGAGUCAAAUCGACCAUUUGUGAACCCCCUUCUUACCAAGGACUCGACGACUCGUUUUAUUUGGAAUAAGAAGGAGUAUCACUGCGCCGAUUACCUUGUGGAUAAUGACGAUGAUCACCCUGAAUCGAUUGAGGCUACAGCAAUUCGACCUGUUGCAGGAUCCAUCGGCGCAUCCAUCAUUAUCGCUACGGAACAGGUGGCCGCUGUCUCGAAGAAAACGCAGAAGAAGACGUCUACUUCCCAACCUGGAGAGAACAUUAAGACGCGGCUUCGACGCGUAUACAACGAGCGCAAAGAGGCAAAGAAGUUGGACAGCUGGCUGAAGCUGAAGGCUACAGUGGAGCCCGCUGCGACACACGACAUACCUGCUCAUAUCUCUACUACCCAAUUACAUUUCUGGAACGCCGUCUUCUUGGACAUUCUUCCCUGCCUACCAGCGUCCGAACGCGCCGCUCGCCUUCUAGCUCUCGAGAGUCGCGACAUCACCGACGAACAUCCCAAGCCAUGGUCUGUUAUCUGGCAGACAUACCAGUACGUUCAACUCAUCGACGAGAUUGAAACAACUGGGUGGGACGAAACUCUGCGCGAACUGUCCGAGAACUACCAAGACUUCUCUGAGAAAUUGCUAGAUCUCGACUUGGCCACGCGUAUGGCUCUGGGUCUGUCGGUCGCACUGCCGCCAGUCCGCGAGGAGAACACGUCGGUGCUGACCGAAUGCACUGCUUCGAAGCUAUCGACUCCUCAUACUCCGGUACUCGAAACUGGCGCUCGUCGUCCCAAGCUUCUCCCAAAGUCUCAGGCUACGCGGAAGAAUUCCGGGUUGGCUUGCUUAGCUGAGAAGGCUACUAUAGCUCCUGAGGUCGCUGCACCACCGGUUCCUGUCUCAGCGCCAACCGACACCAACAUAUUUGGGCUUCCUCCGUCGGUACUAGAGAAGCCUCUUACAUCGUUUGGUGGCUUCAUGUUUAGUAACUCCGCUUCGAGGACUGCCAGUGCCCACCCUACGUCCGUACUGCUACAGUCCACUCCAAAUGCGCAGCUCUCCGAUACACCUAGCUUCGACUUCGGCAUCGCUAAGAGCACCUUUGACGCUCCAAUCUCUACCUACGCACCGAAACUCGACGAACACAUUCUUUCCGGGACGUGCAUGGCCACUCAAACGCCUGAAAUGCCCAAAUCGUUUUGGGCCGAGCACACAACAAAGCCUGAAGUACUAACUGGCAAAGAUACAGAGUCUAUCUCGACCACUUUUGGUGCUUCGGCUGUUGGCUACAAUCAUUCCUCAUCAGAGAGCCCCAUCAUCCUCACUCAACAUGCUGAGCAACCUCCUAAGUCUGAUCUUAGAGGCUCUACAGAGGUAGAGGGGACUGAGUGGGAGACCCAAGCAGCUGUCGAAGCGAAGUCAAAAGACCAAGAAUACUCUACUCGGUUCACCAUGGUCAUUGAUGAGCUUAUGGUUGAUAAGCUUAUCAAGAAUUUUUGGAAAGAAACUUCAAACCCUUGUAGAGGGGAGACACUCAGCGACACUACUUCCAGUGAAGAAAAGGAGCCUUCCCAUUUAGGCGAUGAGCAACUCAGCCAAGGUGGCCAAACUGCCGGUCUCCCAACAAAGGAAGAUAAUACCCAGUUCCCGGCCUACACCUUCCGAGAUUUUGCGGAGAAAUACGUCCUCGCGCGAAGUCCAGAUCUCUCUGUCGACGACAUCUUCACUAGACUUACCAAUUACUCGGAUGGCCGCCUCUUCGAUGCCAAUUGCGUCGUUUGUAAUGUUGACGAGAACGAUCAGGUAAAGCCUGCAACGUUUGAGGAGGUAGUAAGUAUACUCGAGCCGUAUCUAGCAGGUCAGUGGACUCUGGAAAAUGCAGAUGACGAUUCGGCAUUCAGUAUCAGUUCGGCUCCCUCGUUGACUCACUCUUCUUUCUCCGAAGCCGAACUUGCGAUCGACAGCGAGAUGGCAGAAGAGUACAUGCUCGAUGGAUACGGCUGCCCCCUUGAGCUAACAGGAAUUCCUAAAGACGACAAGAAGUUUUUCGACGCGGUACAUACGGAAAUGGUCGCAGAGACCGAUCAGUAUGAGUUCGACUGGGCUGAGGUUGAUUGUCUUCUGGGCCCUCAAGACGAGGAAGAUGACGACGACGACUACGUUGUACCUACGGUUGACGAUGACGGGAAGCCCAUCAGGCUUACGCUAGACAUGGAGCCUCUACAAGAGGAUUGGGCCCGAGGCGUUUUCUCGCAAGUCUUCCCAGACUUCGAGCAGGCCGAUGCCAAGCUUCCUGAUGUCGCACCGCAACUCCACUUGGAAGUUGAUCAGACAUCCUUCUCGAACAUGUUCGACUUCGAAUUCUUAUCUGAAUCAAUCGAUAUGCCGGAACACACUUCGAUCGAGGCGGCGAAGUUGCCAGGCGUGCCGCUAGUCGACACUUUGAUGUCCAAUCUUGGGUCCAUCUUUGCCGAGCAAGAUAGGCUCCUCCAGGAGCUAUGUUCACUGGCUGCAGCAGUUGGCACUGAUGCGGAAGACCACAAGGCCGACUACCGUCUAUCUAGUCCCGCCGUACGUACUGUUCGGUUAAAAGCUGUGCCUACCAAGGAUUCAGGACCACUCAAUGGUACCGGAACCAGCAAUUCUGCCCAUGGGAACUUGACCGCGAUUCGGCCACUGACGUUCAAUCAGCGCCAACCAGGCCGUCACCUACCGCACUCUGACCUAGCGCUAUAUGACUGGCUCAAAUCGCAACGACAAAGUAGCCUAACAAACAUCAGAACGAACGAACUGGGUGAGCCAGCACCGUUCGAUGUGGCCGAACUUUGA